GUUGAUCAGGGCAUGAUACGACCCACAUCAUCGGUACGUUGCGAAACAGUGCUUUAUCGUAAAGCUCCAUCAAAUCUGAUGACAGCAGCAGCAACAACAACGAUAGCAGCAGCAACCACUGGAUUCCAAGGAACUGCUGAGCCGACGAUUACUGAUUAG